AUGACCAGAAGCUUAGGCAAGUUUGUGAAGGUGUUGGCCACCAAAUCUACAUCUAAGAAGGUCGUUUUUGGAGAUGUGACGAAAAAGGAAUCCAUAAUCUAUGAACGUGCAAUGCUGUGCGCUUUUGACUUCAACUGCAGCAGUUCGGACGAACUGUCAUUUCGGCGUGGUGAUAUUCUUCUCGUUGAGACACCUGUUUCUCUGUCUUUCGUGCGUGCCACCAACAAUAGCAGCUAUAGCUGCAAAAAAAGUUCCAUUAUGACCAAAGCUGGUGAAAACCAAUGGCUGAGGGCUCGUGAUUGGCGAAAUGGUAAUGUUGGCCUGGUGCCCACAAACUUCCUAACUGAUGAAACUGGCACAUCUGUGGUCUUUGAUGCUUUCCAGUGCAUUUCAAGAGCAGAAGCUGAGGCUCAACUACUUCUGCCCGUCAUUCAGUCUGGCACCUUUAUAGUACGUCCUACCAAAGAUGUGGGAAGGCUCACGCUCUCGGUGUUGGUAAGGGAGAAUUCAAGCGCCUAUGUUCAACACUACCACAUAAAUUAUGAUGCCGCAAGUAGAGAAUAUUACCUCAGUAGCGAUGAGAAAUGGAAAAGUCUGGGCGAACUAAUUAAGUUCUACUGUGUUUUGCGUAACACUAUCGUAUUUGAUGAUCGCGAAUACUCCGUUUUGCCUUUCGAUAAGUGUGGCGUCGGUUUGGCACCGAUAUCUGCCUAUUCCUAUUGGAUCAUGAAAGUCAAGAUGUGGCGGUGUAGGGUAGAUGGAAGAUAUGGCGAUGACGGGAUGCUAGCAACCUUCUUUUACACGCUCAAGGUGUUGAUUGGUUCUGUGAUCCUUUUGGCACAGAUAAGUGAUGGAAUGGCGUAUUUGGAGCGGCGCCGAGCUGUUCACAACGAUUUAAGAGCAGCAAAUAUUUUAGUGGAUGCAGAUAAUUCAGUAAAGGUGGCCGAUUUUGGACUGACAAAAAUUCUCCACAAUGAUGGCCGUGAUAUAUGUGACAUCUCCGAUGACAACGAUGUGAUUACUGCGGUUGAGAAUGGCUACCGACUGUGCAAUCCCAGGGAACUCGGAUAUCAGUGCGAGGAUAGGAUUUACGCCAAGAUGCAGGCGUGUUGGAACUCCAAUCCUGAGGCGCGACCGUCCUUUGAGAGUCUCUGUGACUUUUUUAAGCCCUCGGAUGCAGCUAUUUCGUAG